AUGCAAUAUGCAAAGAAUGACGCAAAGGAAUGGAAGCAAGUAGAGGAUUCAGAAAUGUAUGAGUCUGACAGAAGGCAUGACACAAAUGUCCCUCAGAGACAAGGCCAUCGGAAAAGGCCUCCAAAUGGAUGGAUAAAAUGUAAUACAGAUGGAUCUUUCAUCAAUGGGAACUCGUUAACAACUGCUGGAUGGGUCAUACGAGAUUCUGAUGGAAUGUAUAGCGGUGCAGUGCAAUCAUUAGGACAAAGGGUACAAAGGCCUUUAGAAAGUGAAUUACAGGCAAUUUUAAUAGCAAUUCAACAUUGUUGGAGCUUAGGAUAUCGCGAGAUCGUAAUGGAAACAGAUUGCAAGACUGCUAAGGAGAUCUUACACGACAAUAAACUACAGUUUCAUGUCUACAAUUGGACUAGAGAUAUUAAAUGGCGGUUCGACAAAUUUGAAGAUAUAUGUUUCCAAUAG